CCAGGCGGCCUGUUGUAGCGAGCCGGUGCAGCUGGCCGAAUGCGCCGUGCCUGCCAUGGUGCCGCUGCGCCAGGCCUGCUGCGGGCAUUUGGCGAGCAUCCAGCGCAGCUCCCCGCAGUGGGAAGAACUGCAGCAGGGCAUUGAAGCAGCAGUCCAGGAGCUACUGCGCAUCGUGGAGGCGACCGAGUCCGCCAUGGACUGCGCGACGUCGCCAGCCUGUGAUCCGUUCAUGCGGGCAGCUGAGGUGGCCUUGUCCUCAUCGUUGUCUCCCAUCUUCCGCUUUGGGUGGUUAGAUUUGGUGGACGACGGCGAGUUCAGCCUUCAGGCAUGGAGAGUCGCGCUGCUGCAGGUGGCCUUGACGUGGCUAUCGCCUUGGCACAGCCUGGCGUUCCAGGCGCGGGAGCUUUUCCGCAGCGCCAGCAGCCGCUGGUGGCAGCUGCUGCAGGAACGCUCCCUGCUGCAGUGGCGCGCCGGGGGCGAUGGCGCGCCGGUGCACCUGGCCAUGGUGGCCUCCGUGGGCUUCCCGGCCUUCGGCCGCAAGGCGCUGGCCGGCAUCCGCUCGGCGCUGUUCUUCGCGGAGACACGGCCGUUGCGAUUCCACCUGGUGGUGGAUGGCCUGGGGGAGCAGGACGUGAAGGAAGCUUUAAAGGAGCUGGAACCCAAUUUAAGGGCCAAAGGUUCCUUCCGUUUCUACCAGCAGGAGGAGCUCGAUGCCUGGCAAGAAAUCCACGCGCUGGUGCCGGAGGAUUGCUUGCAGUUCUCCAGUCACUACGGCAGUGCAGGAUGGCUGCGGAUGUUUCCUCACCUGGUGGUGCCCCAAUCCGAAGCUGAAGAUGCGCUGAUCUGGGUGGAUGCUGGAGACUACGUUUUCCUGGCCGACCCAGCGGAACUGGCAGAGCAUCUGGAGCACUUGGACGAGGACGACUUCCUCGCAGUGGCAGAUGAUCAGGUGCUAGCUCUGCCCAUGCAGAUCUUCUCGCUGAAGCGGUUGCGGGCCAAGGGUGCGGCCUGGGCCAAGCUAAUCACCGACGCAGUGCACAAAGGCUAUGCUGAGAUGGGCGGCAAAUUCUGUGGACUCGGAGAAGGCUUUGGCGUGGUCUACCUGUUGAGCAAGGGUCCGAACAGUUGGAUCUAUCAUCAGAUUCCCCAUCACUGGACCUACAUGCCCUGGGCUGUAUGGCUUCCAUCCACCGGCACUGGAAGCCUUUGGGCCUCCUCCGAAACCCUUUGGCGUAUGCCCGCGGAUCCCGUGUGGAGUAAUUCCGUGUUUCCUGGCCUGUCGGACUUUACGACGUUGCAUGUGAAGUGCCCCAGCUACUUGGAAGACUUGGCCAGCUACAUCCGAGCAGCCCUGGAUAUGGAACAGAUGAACUUUCCUUUGGCGGAGCCCUCGGGCCCGAACGACGUGCUGCGGAAGCACUUCCGCGUGACCAACGCGGACGGCACGCGCAUCCUGGAUGAGUUUCGGCAGCGUGUUGGAUGUGAUGAUCGCAUCAAGGCAGUGCAUUUGCCAGUGAUGUUCCACGAGGUGCCUUGGGUGCAUCGAUUUCUCAACUUCUGGGCUGGUGCUGAGGUCUGGCGCGCCAAUUCCCCGCAACUGCGGGAACUUCGAACCGAGAGUGGCGUGUCGCUCUUUGACGCCCUGGCGGAAAACAUCCGGGGAUCUGCAAAAUUCGCUGGCGCCAAAUUUUGCCUCUCCGCCAUGGCGCUCGGCGCUGGCGCGGCCGUGGCGCUGGUCCUGCCCUUCCUUUGCAUCUGGUGGGAGUUGAGGCGGAGAACGGCGGAGUUGUCAGAGUUGCAGAGCCUUCGGAGCUAUUUGCAGAGAGUGGAGGACGAGAACGAGAAGGCCGAAGACUUCCUAAGCCACCUCUGGGCACAGCUGCCGGCCGAGCCGGCCGCGGAGCCGGCCGUUUCGAAUGUCACGGUGAUCACGGUGGACACUAGCAAGCCGUUGGAGAGCUUCAACAUGCUGGGCGCAUCUGGAGUGGCGGUGCUGAAUGCGGCCGUGGGGGAAGAUGACUGGCACUCCUGGCGCGACAAGCCACGACUGUACUUUGGUACUCGCCGAGUAUUACAAGUUCCUAAAGAAGUUCGCAGUGGAAAAUCCAGGGCGUUGGGUGGUUCUGGUGGAUGGUUUCGACACGAUCUUCGGAGGCUGUUCGGAGGAGAAGCUUCUAGAGUUCUUCAACCGCACAGUGUCCGCUGCGGGCGGGGAGGAGCGAUCAGUGGUUUGGGGCGCUGA